AUGCAGCUUCGCCACAUACCCACAGUGGGCGGUUCUUCCCUUCCGUUGUUUUCUUACAAGGGCGCGUACGACCUCUUACUUGAUGCUAAGAGCGUUCUGCAACUAUCGUUCUUUCAGCACAAGGGCAAGACGUUCAAGAUUCCUUUCACGGACCGCUGGAUUGUCGUGGUCACUGGCAAGAAACUUGUUGACGAAUUGCAAAGGCUGCCGGAUGACGCGGUCUCCUUCAUCGACGCCGCUGGCGAGGUACGUUCUUGCCUCGCUCUUAAUCGCAACGCUCGAAGCUCUGACAUUUACAUAGCUCACGGGCCUUAUAUACAUAUUUGGCCAUCGUAUCCACGAGGAUCCCUUUCAUGUCACUAUAAUUCGGACCCAGCUUACAAAGCACCUUUCGCCCGUUUUUGUCGACCUUUACGACGAGAUAGCUGCAGCAUUCGGGGAGCUUGUACCCGGACAUGGCAAAGGUUGAACUCCUCGUACUUUCCAUAUCAAUGUGUUGCUAAUACUUUAUAA